AUGCUGGGAGGCAAAGCGAGUAAGGGUGUGGAUCUGACAGGGAUGGAUGUCGAUAGAUUUGUAGAGCACUUCAAUGAAUUAUUGGGUGAACAGAAGGUAGAAAGGAACGAGGAAUAUGAGAAAAGGAGGGGCUUUCGCAUUGCUAAGGAGUUGGCCGAGGUAGAAGGAGAGCCGUGGGAGGUGUCUAUUGCAGCUCCGGAUGAUGAAGAAAUUGAGAAAUUAUGUAAGCGAAUGAGAAAUGGUAAAGCCGUUGGUAUUGAUGAGAUUCCCUCUGAGUUAUUCAAGCAUUCGGAGGAAUGUCGCAAGGUCACCUUGCAACAUUGCCACCUUGCCAAGGUGUUGGGCGUAGUGAUCAGAGGGUUCUGGAGAGGACAGCCGUUGCCCGAGAAGAGUCAUACAGCUGUAUUGAUCACUUUAUUUGAAGGAAAAGGGAGUAGGAAAUCACCUGAGGGUUAUCGAGGAAUAUCGCUUUUAUCGUAUUUGGAAAGAAUCAUAUCGGCAAUUGUAUUAGAUAGGAUCAAGGAAGCUGCUGAGAAACGAUUAAUGAAAUAUCAGUUCGGUUUCACGUCUGGUAACAGCUGUAGAGAUCCCGUCCGUCUACGGUGGAAGAAAUGGGAGAGUACAAACCAGAUCGCAUCAGUCUUCGUGGACUUCCAGGAAGCCUUUGAUUCUUUGUCAUGGGAAGCUUCGUGGAAAGUCUUGAAGUCGGCUGGAAUGCCAGUUUUCCUGGUCCAUAUAGUAAAAAGGAUUCAUGCGGAUGCUAGAGUUGCUAUAAGAGUGUCACAAAAUGGUAAGGUCUCUGAUGUUUUCAGCCAGAGAGUAGGGGUUCGUCAGGGUUCUUGCUUGUCUCCUGUGAUAUUCAUAUUGGUAUUAGAUCAUUGUUUGAAAGCGGCACUGAAAGCGUGCCAGGAAAGAGGUUUGGUUGUGGAAUGGCUCGGUUAUGCUGAUGAUUUGUAUAUUGCCGGGGAAUCCGCAAGAGACGUGGAGAUAUUUCUGCAGGAACUGCAAGCAGCUGCCUAUUAUGUCGGACUCUUGAUAAAUGCUGGGAAGAAAGUGGCCAUGGUGAAAGGUACGGAUAGUAGCAAAAUUGUUCUGAUUGAGAGGCGUGAGGAAAGAGUGGGGGUGAAAUGGGAUGACGGUACGUAUGAAGGAUGGCUUAGGCCUCUAGAGGAUGGGAAUGUGAAUGCCUCGUUCCAGCCCACGCAUGAAAUUAUUUAUGAUGACGGUAGCACUGUAAAGUAUAUUGUCAAGAAGGCGGGGUGGAUAGUGGAUGAGGACGGGGAUAAGUUGAGGAUGAUGAAACUUGGUUUCGACCGAGCAACGGACUCAACAGAGAAGGUCAAUGGUGUAUUUGGGUACCUUGCUCACAACGAAAAUAAAACUAACCAGGGAAAUAAACCGGAGAAUUGGAAGGGCGACUGCUGUGUUGAACACAGCGUGUUCAACGAUCUGAAAAACAUCUGGAAGGCUAGGGGAAUUCUCGCCACCACCAAAAAACGUAUUUUCAAGAGCUGCGUAAUGAGUGUUCUUCUAUACAAUUGCGAAACCUGGGUGUACGUCAAGAACGAUGCGGAAAGGUUGCAAAGGUGCUGCAACAAAUUGGUUAGCAAUAUCAUAAGGUGGGGUCGAAACACUAACCAGUCGAAUAAUGGUGAUGUUGAUGGUGAGUUCGAUUGUAAAGUGGGUGAGACUGAAAUACUGGACUGGUUGGAAGGCUCUACCGUUAAGGAGAUUAUGAAUCAGAGACGUUUACGUUGGUUUGGUCAUGCUCUGCGGCAACCUAGGGAUGCGGUUCAAAGAGAAUGGAUAGAAUCGGAGAUUGAAUCUGAUUCGAAAUAUGGGGCGUUCGAUCAAGUUGAUUGCUCUAAUCUGUCUGAGGAAACUAAAGUGAAGUUCUUCACUGAACAUCUCCACGUAGAUGAGGAAAUUAGACUCAUCACCCAUGGCGUCGGGUACUUCGAUAUCCGCGAUGCGGAUGAUAAGUGGAUCAGGAUUAAAAUUGGUAGUGGCGCGCUGAUUAUUCUUCCUCCCGGAAUCUGGCACAGAUUCUGCGUCUCUGAGGAGAGCCCCUGUCUUCAAGCUGUGAGGCUCUUCACCAACGAACCUAAGUGGACCGCUUACCCACGUCAAGGUUCCCUCGACAAAGAUGUGAUAGAGGCGGCUCGGGAUGAUUAUAAUAAUAAUACUAUGAACGUCAAGAUAGCUGCGUGA